AUGCCACCGCCGAAAUUCCUGUGCCCCGCCGAGGGUAUUUAUGACAUUUCACUUAAUCCUAUGCCAAGUGGCUUCUUACCAAUGGUUGCUCCCUCCCCAAUCAGCGAGACAGCUAGGACCGGUUCUCUCCCUCGCAUCUCUCUCACGUUGAAGCCGCCACCCCCUCCCCUUCUCUCGCGUCGAUGCCGCCGACCCCUCCCCUUCCCCUCGCGCCGCCGCCCUCGGAGAAGCACCGCGGCCGCUGCUGCUCCGCGUCGCCGCUCCUCACCCACCCACCGCGACCGCCUUCUCUCCCGGAACCCUAGCCAGUCACACGCAGCCCAUGGCGUCGCCCUCGGCCAUCGCGUCGUCGCGGGGCUCGUCGUGCAAGGGCACGGCUUCUGCCAAGGCCGCAUCGGAGGCCGACCAGGAGCUCUUGGCCUGGUAGCUCUUCCUCUUCCCAUUCGCCCCUUCGUCUCUGAAUUUUGCCGCUGCUCGGCCUCCUCUCGCCGCUGGCCGUCCGUGCUGCCGCUCGUGGCGCAGCAGUUCGAGGACACGCUGGUGCGCAUCCUGCUCGCCGCUGCCGCCGUGUCCUUCGCGCCCACACUCUCGUCGGCGGCGGGCGCGCUCACGCUCUCGGCCUUCGUCGAGCCGCUCGUCAUCUUCCUCACCCUCGUGAGUCCCUCGUUGUCAACGCCGCCGUCGGCGUCUGGCAGGAGACCAACACCGAGAAGGCGCUCGAGGCACUGCGCCAGAUCCAGUCCGACCACGCCACCGUGCGACGCGACGGCGAGUGGGCGCCCGCCCUCCCCGUCCGCGAGCUCGUCCCCGACGAGCGGGGCAGCGGGCGACGGCGACGGCGACGGCCAAGGGAGAAGGGGAACGGCGCUGCGGCCGCGUGCUGGGCCUGGGGAGCAAGCGACAGAUGCGAGAUGCAGGCUGGGGCCAGGAGAGCAGACUAGAGACGAGGGUUGGGGAGACCGGAACACCCGGCACACCCUUUUGCUACGCCAAUGCCGCUCAAGCUCUGUUGAGACAUGGAACCGAAGCCGUGAGGCGGACAUCAUCAUUUUGUCAGAUUAAGUGUGGAGUUACAAGUAUCAUUUUUUCACAAAGGAAGAAAUUUGGAGUAAUUACGGCCUUGGCGCUCUUCAUGUUGUGAGAGAACCUGUUCAGUAGGAUGCCGACAUGCAUGAGGAAGCCAACGGACAGCCAGAGCUGGAAGGCGUGGAGCUUGAGCUGCAGUGACGACGACAACUUGGGUGUCAGCUGCAAAAAACUGCAGUUCAAAGUGUUCAACCAAGUGUUUUCCAUCCACUGCAUGGCUGGCUAGGAGUGGCUGUCCGACGGGGUGCUCGGUGAGGUCGAAGCCACCGCGUACUGGACUGCCGUCGCGCCAAACUUCGAGGAGUACGGCAGUGCCGUGGCCAGGGCCAACCCUUCCGGUGCCGAGAACGUGGCCAAGUGGAUCAUGUGGUGCGGGGUGAUGACCGUGGACAGGCUCCGCUGGCGGAACAAGGUGCUCCGAAAGAGGAUUCAAACCGGCGAUAAUGAGGCCGAGGUCUGCCCGGAGAUGCUCAGGUGUAUCAAAAGGUUUCUUUGUACUUAAUUACACGCCGCAGCGGCGACCAAGAAGCGCGUGGCCCAGCUGACCAAGAAGGCCAGGAACGUGGCGCCGGUGACAAGGAGCCCGGAUUUAAGUAUCUUUGCUGGGUGUCGAUGGUGCUGACACAUUAUUAAAGGGAAGAGGAUCAACUACCCGAUUUUCAUCAGUGAUGACAAAGGUAGAUGCCGUCGGAAACGCCACCGUGCUAGAAUGCCAGGGAUUAAAGUUGUGUGCAGUGAACGUGUGAGAGGACCAAAAAAAGAGUUGACUUGCUGUGUAAUUUUGUGAUAUAACUUCUUCUCUUUUAUCGAUGGAGGAGGUAGUCAGAAGUUGUCAUUUUGAAACGCCUCCACUUCUUCUGCAAAAGAUUGGUGAAUUUUCCAAAGGGACGGAAGAAGUCGAUCAAAGGAUCUACUCACCUGAGGGCCUCGAAGUGUUGGAGCUUGGAUCUGGGGGGUGCAUUGGCACCCUCGCGCCAAGGCGCGUUACCGAUCUAGUCGAGAGAUGAAGGGAGCGCGGCGAGAGGGUUCUUGAGGAAAGGAUGGCCGUGGAUCCCUCCGCGGAAGAUUAAGAAUUUUCCCCUGUGCUACGUCGUCAUAGUGGCCACGGUCGCCUGCCUCCGUGCUUUGUAACUCCUCGGAUUUGUGUUCUGGGGAGCAUAUUCAUUUUUACAGUGGACCGAUGAUAUGAUAAUACUUUACUG